CCAGAAGCGGGCAGGUCGACGCGGGGCGCCGUCCUGGGGUCGGGGGUCAGCGGGUAGAGGUCGGUCGCCCGGACGGCGCAGCCAGAGAUGAUUGCAAAACGUCCCCGGCGCCCGAGCGCCUGCCGGGGGCCGCCGACCGCCGCGGGCUUACAUAUAGACCCCCGGUCGGCGGCGGGCCGCCUCAGUGCGGCGUCCAGGGAGCAGCAGACAUGAAGUCAAUAUUGUUGGUAGCAGCACUGGCGUUGGUGUCGGCUUCGCCACAAUAUGACGCCUACAGUGAAUCCGACUCGUACGAGCCGUUCGACCCUCCGAAGUACGAGUUCGAGUAUUCGGUGAAGGACGCCGCCUCUGUGAACGACUACGGCCAGCGCGAGGAGCGCGACGGCCCCAGCACGGCCGGCUCUUACGAGGUGCGUCUGCCCGACACCAGGCUCCAGCGGGUCGUCUACACCGUCGACGGCGACUCUGGCUUCAUCGCCGACGUCGAGUUCGACGGGGAGGCGCAGCACCCGGCCGAGUUCGGCUCGUCGGCGGGGGGCAGCGGGUACGCCGCUCCCGCCCAGAGCUACACACCGAGCUACCCGGAGCCCGCCAGACCGGCGUACGAGCCGGCCGAGCCUGCGGCGACCUACAGACCUGCGCCGAGCCCGCCCAAAGUCAGCUACCGCCCCGCGCCGAGCCCGCCGAGGACGUCGUACCGCCCCGCUCCCAGCCCGCCCAAAGAGGGCUACCGCCCGACCACCACCACCCCGAAACCAACCUACCGUCCCGCUACCAGCCCGCCCAGAGUGAGCUACCGUCCCACUCCCAGCGCCCCCAAAACGAGCUAUGGCCCAGCUCCGAGCCCACCGAAAACGACGUACCGUCCGGCUCCCAGCCCACCGAAAGUGAGCUACCGUCCCACCGCGAGCCCGGCAAAAACGAGCUACCGUCCCGCACCGACCCAGGCAGCGAUCGAGUACUCCCCGACCUCCGAGCCCACCACCACCACCACCACAGAGCCAUCUGUGUACGGAAACAAGAAGCUCAAGUUCGCGCGCGUGCCGUCGGACGUGUACGACAAGCCGCUGUUCCGGUCUGACUACGAGCGGGCGGUGGGCAGCCGCGGCGGCGGCAGCCGAAAGAAGAAGCAGCCGGCGCCGGCACGCUACGGCCCCAGUGCCGUGCUCAUCGGGUCUGACGACGAUCGGUACCUGGUGCCGGGCACACCUGGCCUACAGAAGCUGCUGGCGGCGCCGUGGGUGUCCUACAAGAAGGCGGUCGACUCGUACCUAGCCAAGGAGGACCUGGCCGACGACGGCGAGGGUGCCGGGAAGGUGACGUACGCGGGCGGUCGGGACGGCGACCAUCCGGCGGAGGACUCGCACGGAGCGGCCAGCAGCGCGGUGCCGUUCGGCGCCCGGAUCUCACAGAAUUAGGCCGACGCGGGAGGCGAGACUGCGCUGACUAUAUGAUCAGUCAGUGGAAUCGGAGGGCGGCUGGCGGUCCCGCUGAGAAUUAUCCGACCCCUUGCUGCCGCUGCUCGAGCAUACGGGGUUCUUCGCUCCCUAGAGGCUUGUCCAAUCAUAGUACAACGUUGGCUUGAAUCCAACACAACUCGCUAAAACGAAAUGCUCAAAAACUUCGCUUGAUUGUCUUCCCGGGUAUGCCUACUUCAUGGUUGGCGUGAUCAGAGCGAUAAAAUGUAGGUAUUAUUUUUUCUAAUCACGGUGCUGAGCUAAGGUAUCCAUUGUUUCAUCAUUGAUGAUUCGUUAUUUAUGACUGAACGAAGAACUCGGGUAGUGGGUCAGCUGCCAUAUGACAGCGAAGCUUGCGUCAUUUAUAUUUAUUAUUGAGUGAGUAGGAACAUGACGUGAAUUUCUGUAGGUAUGAUGUCGAAUGGACGAUAUACUCUAUAGUAAAGUCGAAAGUGUGCAGGGUGACUGGCUCAGAAUGUUUAUUAAUGACUUGGUGCUUUCGUUUUUGCUGGUUCUCUGAACGUAUGAUUGCUACCAUUAUGUGUACAAUACAGAGUAUUAAAGAAAUA